CGGCGACCAACGAGACGCGGUGACCAGAGCGGCCCCUGCGCUGGGUCCACCAGCCGCGCACUUCCGCCCCCCGCCUCGCCGGCCGCGCCGUUGCCAUGGAGACGGAAGAUGGCGGCCGCAGGUCCCAGCUUUAGGAAGAGGCGACGCUGAGCCCCUCACAGCUCCGGACCAUGAGCCGGUUCUGCCGCUGGGGAUGCCGGGGCUGAGGGCUCCAACCCCAGGAGAAGGAAGAUGCUUCAAACCAGCAACUACAGCCUGGUGCUGUUCCUGCAGUUCAUCCUGCUUUUCUACGACCUCUUUGUCAACUCCUUCUCGGAGCUGCUCCGCACGGCCCCCGCCGUCCAGCUCGUCCUCUUCAUCAUCCAGGACAUCGCCAUUCUCUUCAAUGUCAUCAUCAUCUUCCUCAUGUUCUUCAACACCUUCGUUUUCCAAGCCGGGCUGGUCAAUCUCCUCUUCCACAAGUUCAAGGGGACCAUCUUGCUCUCGGCAGCCUACCUGGCACUCAGCAUCUCCUUCCACGUCUGGGUUAUGAACCUGCGGUGGAGGGACUCCAGCCGCUUCGUGUGGACAGAAGGCCUACAGACCCUUUUUGUCUUCCAGCGGCUGGCCGCCGUGCUCUACUGCUACUUCUACAAGAGAACCGCCGUGCACCUGGGGGACCCCCUCUUCUACCAGGACUCGCUCUGGCUGCGCAAGGAGUUUGCCCACUUCCGCGGGUGAUGGGUCCCCUGGGGCUUUGGGCCACCCAGCCUGGCUACCCGGCUCUGCUCCCCACUAGCCCCCGUUGCCGACGGGGACCGGGACUCCGGUGGGAUGCCGGGAACGGGUGGAAAGCCGGCAGUGGCGUGUCCCCAUUCCACAUGGGGAAGGUCCAUCCUGGUGCCACGGCCCCUUUUGGGGUUUGAGUGGGUUUUUUUGUAAAUGGUAUAAAAAAGAAUAAUAAAUUGGCUGAAUUUUCCAGAA